AAAAAAAAAAUCCGUUUUAACAAAAAAUGGCUGGAGGAGGAGGAGGUGGUAGCACUUCUGGAGAAGGUCCGCGAGAGCUCGAUCAGACACCAACAUGGGCCGUCUCCACUGUUUGUGGCGUUAUCAUCUUAAUCUCUAUCGUUCUAGAGCUCAUGAUUCACAAAAUCGGAGAGGUUUUCACCAAAAGAAGGAAGAAAGCUUUGUACGAAGCACUUCAAAAGAUCAAGAACGAGCUUAUGGUUUUGGGAUUCAUUUCUCUGUUAUUAACAUUUGGACAAAACUACAUAGCAAGUUUGUGUGUGGCGACAAGAUACGGCCAUGCGAUGUCCUUUUGUGGUCCGUACGAUGGUCCAAGUGGUGAGUCUAAGAAGCCAAAGACUACCCACCACUUACAACGCCGUGUUUUGGCUGAUGCUGCUCCAGCUCAGUGCAAGAAGGGUUAUGUGCCGCUUAUAUCACUCAACGCGUUGCAUCAAGUGCAUAUCUUCAUCUUUUUCUUGGCUGUGUUUCAUGUCAUUUAUAGUGCUAUUACCAUGAUGCUUGGAAGAGCAAAGAUUCGUGGAUGGAAAGUUUGGGAGGAAGAAGUCAUAAAUGAUCACGAAAUGAUGGAUGAUCCUUCAAGAUUUAGGCUCACACAUGAGACAUCAUUUGUUAGAGAGCAUGUCAAUCCUUGGGCCAAAAAUAGAUUCUCCUUCUACGUUAUGUGUUUCUUUCGUCAAAUGCUGAGAUCUGUCAGAAAAUCUGAUUAUUUGACGAUGCGUCAUGGGUUCAUAAGUGUCCAUUUGGCACCCGGUAUGAAGUUUAAUUUCCAAAAAUAUAUCAAAAGAUCAUUGGAAGACGACUUCAAGGUAGUCGUGGGAAUAAGUCCCGAGCUUUGGGCCUUUGUAAUGCUCUUUUUACUCUUUGAUGUUCACGGAUGGUAUGUUACUGCUGUGAUCACCAUGAUUCCUCCAGUUUUGACAUUAGCCAUAGGAACCAAGCUUCAAGCCAUCAUAUCAGACAUGGCGUUAGAGAUUCAGGAGAGACACGCCGUGAUACAAGGGAUGCCACUUGUCAAUGUCUCUGACCGACAUUUCUGGUUAAGUCGUCCCGCCUUAGUCCUCCAUAUCAUCCACUUCAUUCUCUUCCAGAAUGCUUUUGAGAUCACCUACUUCUUCUGGAUAUGGUAUGAGUUCGGGUUACGGUCCUGUUUUCAUCACCAUUUCGCCCUCAUAAUCAUACGUGUUGCUCUCGGAGUGGGAGUACAAUUUCUCUGCAGUUACAUCACACUUCCUCUUUACGCUCUCGUGACUCAGAUGGGAUCAACGAUGAAGCGAUCGGUGUUUGAUGAUCAAACGUCAAAAGCAUUAAAGAAUUGGCAUAAGAAUGCAAAGAAAAAGAGCGAAACUUCAGGUCCAAUGCAGUCUCCAUUGCCUAAUCUCCGACCUAAAACCGGCGGCGAUAUUGAGUCUGCUUCUCCGGCCAAUAUCACGGCUAGUGUUGAUGUUAAAGAAAGUGAUCAAUCUCAACCUCGAGACCUCUUGAGCGGUCCCUAAAAAACCAAACCGGUCAAAGACACUACUUUCACUUAACCGGCUUAUUCUAAUACACAAAUUUUCUUUUC